AUUGAAAAGUUAAUAUAAGUUAAGUAUAACUAAGUAAAACAUUAUGGCUAGUAGAACACAAUUUGAAAAUUCCAAUGAAGUUGGUGUUUUUGCCAAAUUAACCAACUCAUACAGUUUAGUUGCAGUUGGAGGAUCUGAAAACUUUUAUUCAGCUUUUGAAGCUGAAUUAGGUGAUGUUAUUCCUAUUGUUCAUACAACUAUUGCUGGAACUAGAAUAGUAGGUAGAAUGUCUGCUGGUAAUAGACGUGGAUUAUUAGUUCCAACUCAAACUACAGAUCAAGAAUUAAUGCAUUUAAGAAAUUCCUUACCUGAUGCUGUUAAAAUUCAAAGAGUUGAAGAAAGAUUAUCUGCUUUAGGUAAUGUUAUAUGUUGUAAUGAUUAUGUUGCAUUAGUUCAUCCCGAUAUUGAAAGAGAAACAGAAGAAUUAAUUGCUGAUGUUUUAGGAGUUGAAGUUUUCCGUCAAACUAUUGCUGGUAAUGUUUUAGUUGGAUCAUAUUGUUCAUUAUCAAAUCAAGGUGGUAUAGUUCAUCCUCAAACUUCUAUUCAAGAUCAAGAAGAAUUAUCAUCAUUAUUACAAGUUCCUUUAGUGGCUGGUACUGUCAAUAGAGGUUCAGCUGUUGUUGGUGCUGGUAUGGUAGUUAAUGAUUGGUUAGCUGUUGCUGGUUUAGAUACAACUGCACCUGAAUUAUCAGUUAUUGAAUCUAUUUUCAGAUUACAAGAUGCUCAACCUGAUGCUAUUUCAGGUAAUUUAAGAGAUACUUUAAUUGAAACUUACUCAUAGAAAAAUAAAUGAUUAUCGUUAGCAUGGAAUAAAAUAUUAACAGAUUAAUUUAGUGAGAAAGGAUAAUUUUUCAAUAUUUCAAAUAAUUUCUAUUCUAUUCUAAAUCUAUAUUUUGAAACGGUUUUCUUUUAUUUUGUACUUUUUAUGAUGGUAAAAUGUUUUCAAUUCGUUGUAUAUUCUUGGUGUUUUAUAAGUCAUCUUUGCAUCCAAACGUACAUUCAUUCAAUUAUUUAUUUUAAAUUAUAUUAAUUAUAUUAAUUAUAUUAAUUUAUAAUUAGUAAAUGAAUAGAUUUGUACUUUUGUACAUUAGCUGUAUAGACCAAUCUGUGGUUUAUUGCAUGAUAAUCUGUAUAACUAGAUUUGUAUCGUAUUUUUUUAAUUUUUUAGGAAUAAAGGCAUUCAUCCUAUA